AUGCGGGACGGAGGCUUAGGAAAGCUGCAUAAGAAGAUGAGGCGGUUUGGUGAUACUUUGAACCCAGAGGAUGCGUAUCUUAGCUACUACGAUAUACGGUUGACGAGGGAGGACAUGCAGACUCUCAAGAAUGACUGGCUUACGGAUAAUAUUAUUUCCUUCUGGGAGGAAUAUCUGGAGAGGGAGUUCCUCGUACAGUAUAAGACGUCCAAUAUUGUGCUUCUUCGUCCCAGCAUGUCUUUCAUGCUAUUACAGACGCCGAAUCCUCUCUCAUUGCGUGAGGCCUUACCCGACUUCUCUCGUACAACGCAUGUCUUUCUUCCCAUCAACGAUUGCCGGAACGUGACUGAAGCAGAGGGUGGCUCGCACUGGUCACUUCUGCUGAUAUCCAUUGUUGACGGCGUGGCAUUUCACUAUGAUUCGCUGCCUCCGGGGAACUACUGGGAGGCAAGAGCCGUGACGCAGAAAUUUGGCACGCUUCUCAACCGGCCAAUACGGUUUAUUCAUCUGGAAGAUUCCCCCGUACAGGAAAAUGGCAGCGACUGCGGCGUCUUUGUAUGCCUGAGUAUGCGGCACCUUCUUCUGAAGCGACUGUUAACCGCCAAUGCAAAUGAGAAAGUCAGCAUGAGCUUGGGUGGGAGGAAGGUUGAUGCUCGUGCUGGUAGGAAAGAGAUCGCCAAGAUUAUCGAUGGUUUUCGAAAAGAAGGCGAGAGGCGUCGGUCUCCAAGUCUGAGUCCUAUGGGGAAGAAGUCGUCGAGUCCCCCUCGGAUCGAAUGA